AUCGUCGGAGAGGGGUUGAGUUUUUAAGAAAGAUCAUUAAAAGAAGAAAAAAAAGGCGACGUGGCCGGAGGUAUCAGAAGCUCAAGACUUCAUGGUAACUAGGGUUUGUGAGUUAUGGUGGAUACUGUAAACUCAAGAUUAGGGUUAGAGGAGGAGAGCUAGGUCAAAAAAUUUGAAAUGGCUGGGAUAGGAUCAUCAAGAAACAACGAAGAAGACAAUCAACAAAAGGCGAAUUGGGUUUGGUACAGAAACACAAAUAAUAAUAACCCAAGCACGAGCACUAGCCACCACGUCCACGACAAUCAUAUAUGGCAGCAGCCAAGCCUCGAUCUAUAUCCGGGUCAGAUGGACGUUUGUGAUUUGACCACGUCAUCGAGAUCCUUAACCAUAAGCUGUCAAGACUGUGGGAACCAAGCCAAGAAAGGUUGCACUCACGGUCGGUGUAGAACUUGCUGCAAGAGCCACGGGCUCGACUGUCCCAUUCACGUGAGGAGCACGUGGAUCCCCAUCGCCAAACGCCGUGAGCGGCAGCAGCGGAUACAGACGCCUACCUCCGACCCAAUCACCGGUGCCGACCGAGUUGGGAACAUCCCGAAACCGUAUAGAGAGACUGAUCAACCGGCUACUUUAGACUCAUCAGGGUUAGAGAUGGGAGCUCGAGAUGCAACAUUUCCAGAGGAAGUGAUCUCGGAUGCACUUUUCCGAUGCGUUAGAAUGAGUGGUGCCGACGAUGAUGGAAGUUGCCAAUAUGCAUAUCAGACGACAGUGGGCAUAGCUGGUCAUGUCUUUAAAGGAAUUUUGUAUAAUCAAGAUUAGCAAAAAAUGUUAAUACCUGGUUCACAAUGAGAACCCACCAAGAACUUAAUUAUAUUACAUCAACUUUUCAACUUUCUUUAUUUUUAU